AUGGCCCUCGACGACAGGCCAUUCGCUGCGGCGGCCGCGAGCGGCGGAUCGGAGACGCCCAGCGAGCCGAAGGCGGCAGGCUCGCCGCCGGCCAGGGCGGCAUCCCCAGCGCCGGCGACGGAGAAGAAUAAGGAUCCGAAACAGGCCAGUCGACCCGAACGCACCAGGAGACACACGCUUGCAAUCGUCGUCGCCGCGAUCGUCGCAGCCGUCGUCGGAGUGGCCGGCGGCGGCUGCUAUUAUUUAUACCCCAGCUGGACAAAACGGACUCUUCGAACAAUCGGCCGAAGCGCCCACGUCUUCUUCAACCAGUGGACACCUCCGAGGGAGGGCGAGCUCACCAAGAGCACUUGGGACGACGCAACCGCAGGGAAAACAGUAUUUGUGAAGUUCCACGCACCCUGGUGA